AUGAGUGUCUCUGAUGACUCUAUAUCCGCUCUAUUCCCGGACCUUCGGCUCUUCACUUUCUGGAGCCGAGACUACCCACUCACCGACGAUCCUUACCGCCAACCGGUUCCGGUUUCUCCUCCAUCCAUUUGGCACAGCUUUGCAUCAUCAUGGACGCGACGCCGCGAAAAGUGCAACACGACAAACGUCGGCGCCAACAGCGAAAAGCAUGUGAUAUCUGUCGUCGCCGCAAAGUCCGUUGCGACAUCGUGGACCGACCUUCGGGGCCUUGCUCGGUCUGUGAAAAAUCAGGCUUGGAAUGCCGGAGUAUCUCGUCCGGAUCCGGGUCCCGGAGCCGUACAAGGUCGGAACACCAACCUCGAUACUCAUUUAUCUGUUAUCGGACCCGAUCGGGACUCAUCCCAACAACAACAAGACAAAACACAAAAUGUUCCCCAGUCUGAUGGCCAAGAGAAACUCGCCCGAGAAGGUUUAGCCCGUUUCUUCAAGCACGGUAUUGGUGCAGCAGCAUGGGCUGUCUUUGCCUCUACCAAGAGCUUCCGUAUUGCUUACGUCGGAACAGCUGUAUCAAAUCUGGUGCAUCUCGUUGACUUGCACAAAUCUUUCAGACAGCCGUAUUCUUCCAUUCUAGCAGAUAUUUCGGGACCGACAGGACCGGAUACACAUGGCUCAUUUGCGGACUCUGCUGCUGAUGGGAGCUCAACUAGUGAUAGGACAGGUGGUGGGAAGCCAUUGCACUACCCAUAUCCUCCUAUUCGACAGGUAAACUCUUGGAAGCCUACACCGAGCUCAUGGGGUAUGACACAGGAUCUAGUUACUGAAGUCUCAUCUUUUCCUGCUCAAGAGGUUCGCGAUGCUCUAGUCACAGCAUACUUCGAGCAUAUUCACCCUUUCCUACCCAUCGUAUCAAAGCCAGAAUUCCUUGCUAGGUACCGCACUCCCGAUAACCCUCCACCACUACUACUGUUCCAAUCAGUUCUCAUGGCAGGUGCUCACGCAUGCUCUCAUCCGCUCGUUGCAAAUGACCGUCACGCGGUGCAGAAUAUCCUUUUCAGAAGAGCAAGCAUGCUAUAUCACAUGCGCCACGAAUCGGAUAGGAUGCAUCUUCUACAGGCCGCAGCACUGUUUACGUGGCAUAUUGGUGAUGGAGAUACAGUUGCUGGUGGCCCGUGGUACUGGGCUGGCAUAGCAGUACGUAUAGGAACAGGCCUUGGAGCGCAUAGAAGAAGUUCACAGCUUCCGGCUGCUGAAAUGGCUCAAUAUCGACGAUGUUGGUGGUCUGCUUUCUUUUGUGAGGUUUUCUCUUCUCUGGAAAUGGGAAGACCCUGUGCGGUGAGAGCCGAGGAUAUCGAUCAGCAACCACUCCGGCAAGAAGACAUGGUUGAUACAGCGACUACCGAUCCUUCAAUGGUCGAUACUCCAGGUGUAAACCCCGACUUUCUGAAUCACCUGGUCGAUUUGGCCUACAUCGGCCUAGACGUCAUUGCACUCAACGCUCCAGCAAGGGAUCACAUGAUAGACAUUUCGUCAAUCGAUGCACGUCUAGGUCUCUGGUCUUUGCGAUCUGAAGCUGUGCAUAGUGUUUUUGAGGAACUGCAUCGCGAGUAUGAGACGUUGGUUUCGCAACGGCUACAGGGUGAGCAGGUCAUGGUUCCUGAGAGUCCGCCGGAUUGGAACCGUUUACUUGGAGCAGAAGGCGUGCAUCAGUUUAAUAGUUUUACGUCGGACCAGGACUGGAUGAAUAUCAACAGCUGGACUGAAUUGUUGUGA